AUGGCUUGUCCUGGUUUCAUAAUUCGUCGAUUUGCUGUUUGUCAAUUGGAUAUGAGUGGCCAAAGAUGGGUAUCUAUAAAAUCUUCAUUGGAUCGAGCUAACCUUAUUGAUGAAUAUCAGCACUGUGUUCAUUCCGAAAGAUAUUCAACAUACAAUCGUGAUGAUUACUUAACCCAAUCCUUCGGUGGUUUUGGAUUAACUUGGAGAAGGAUCUGGAUCGACUUAAGAAGCUACCGAAAUGGGGUUGAAGGUGUAGCAAAAACUCUUGAAACUGACAUCAAAAGCGGGAUCCCUGAUGAUAAAAAGAAGAUUGGUCGACAACGUGAGAGAUUUGGUUCAAACACAUAUAAAAAGCCACCUUCGGAGGGUUUGUUCCUUGCCAAAUGGCGAUCUCUACAAGCAUUUGCCAUUUUAAAUGACUUGGUGAACAUUCUUGCCGCUUGUAUCCUUUUGCUUGCUGCCUCUAUCUUCGGUAACUUCUUACGUCCUUCUCUCAAGUCCAAAGUCAGAAACAGUAGUGAAAACCAAAUUGAAGUUUUGAGAGGCAAUAAAAGGAAAAAGAUUUCGAUGUAUGAAAUAGUUGUGGGAGACGUGGUUUGCUUAAAGAUUGGAGACGAAGUUCCGAUAGACGGAUUGUUAGUAGAAGGGAAUAACCUGCAAGUAGAGGAAGAUGAUCAGGGUGGUGAGACCGUACAAGUUGAUCCCGAUAAAAAUCCAUUUCUGCUUUCUGGAUCUAUAGUGGUCAAUAGUGAUUAUAGCAAAUGCAAGAUGAUGGUCACUACAGUUGGCAUGAAGGCAAAGUGGUGCGAAAUGAUAAGCCAACAAAAUUGCGAUUCAAGUGAGAAUUCCAGGAUGGAAGAUCGAGUACGCAAGCUCACUCUUCCAAUACUUUUGAAAGUUGGUCUACCAAUUGCUUCAAUUGGUUUUCUAGUCUAUCUCAUUAGAUACUUCACUGGGAACACCAAAGACAUUAAUAGAGAUCAGGAAUUCAAUCAUGGUCACCUUCGUAAUUUUUGGGAUUCUUCAAUGUUGGACUUUGUAUUAACUGCUUUUACAAUUGUUGCGGUAACAAUUGUGGACAGUUUGCGAUUAAGCGUGCCAGUCACCAGUUUCUAUUCAAAGAAGAGAAUGCUGGGUGACUUGGAAAUGGCGAGUGAGCUCUCCAGUUGGGAGAAUAUGGCAUUUUUCACCACUAUUUAUACCAACAAAACGGGCACUCUCACCAUGAACCAAAUCAAGGUCAACAAGUUUAGGGUGGGAAACUACGCUUUGGAAGAAGAAGCUUACCAUUCAAACGCUUCUAAUUGUUUUAAAAUUUUGUUGGGAAAGGGAAUCGCCCUGAAUACAAGUAGUGCUAGAAAUGGUAUUCCAAUGGAGGAAGAAAUUCUUUCAUGGGCAGUCCAUGACUUAAAGAUAGAUAUGGGAGUGAAAAGCAAGUAUACAGUUCUUAAUCACACCGCUUUCAAUUCUCAGACGAAACGAAGUGGGGUUCUGAUGAAGAGGAAAGAAGAGGUAGACAACACAGGGCUGCACGUUCAUUGGAAAGGAGAAGCAGAAGUGAUCCUAGAAAUGUGUUCCUGCUACUAUGACAUUUCCGAAACCACCAACGAUCUCGUUGAUACACAAAAAGUGGAAUUCCAACGAAUCAUUCAAGGUAUGUAG